AUUCUGUAAAACGUUUUCCGUCUUAGGGUGAAAAUCAUGUGAAAAUGCUGUUAGAUAAGUGUUGGUGAUUUGAAGACGAUAUUAAAACGAAGAGAGAGCGUUGAGAUUUAAUAAUUAGAGGAUGGCUGAAAUACCUUCUGGCAUCGUGACGCAUGCCAGGAAAGUCUGUCAGCUGUACAAGAGAGCUCUGAGAACCCUGGAGUCUUAUCAUGUAAAACGGGUCGAUUACAGGUACGAAGCGGUUCUGUUGAGGCAGCGUUUCGAGGAGAAUAGGAACAUAGUGGACGCGCGAGUGGCCAAGCAGAAGCUGCUUGAAGGCCAGGAGGAACUGUUUAAGAAGCAGCACUGGGAGGUGUGGCAGUUCCCUAAUUCCCCCGGUGGAAUCUGCUACGAACGUUACAGCAAGCCAGAUGACUUCGUCAUGGACUACUGGGACCCUUGGGAAAAAGCCAGGUACCCUCAGUACUUCGCCAAGAGGGAAGAAUUGAAAAAGGAAUAUGAAAAGUUGUAUAAUAAAAUGUAUCCGGCCGAGUCGAAAGACGCUCAGAAAGCUAACUGAUUAAAUCAAUUCUGUACAUAGUUUAUUAAAUUAAUUGUACAUCGUGUAGCGAUCAAUAAAAUAUUCGUCAAUUUAUCCAGA